CUUAGAUUUCCUUUCUUGUUGUGUCUCGUUCUUUGUUGCCAUGUUGCCAAACUUCUUAUCAUUUUCAGGGUUUUUACUUGUCCUCUAAAAUCUUCGUUAUGUAGGGAAUAGUUUCGACAAAAUUCUCUGACUUUGUGGGGUAUGCGCAGUAUAUGAAAGAAGAUAAACAAACAGAAUAAGAAAAUAUGAAACAAAGAUAAGCUGCUUUGGUGUUAACUGUUGACCACUAGGUAUAUUUUGUUUUGUUGUGUGAUAAAAAAUGCAACAGACAUAUGUCAUCUGUUUCUAUGGAAAAUUAUACAAAAUGCAAAAACUCUUAUCUUAUCAAACUCAAAAUGUUCAAAAUGGAGAUGUACAAGUCUUGUGAAUAAAAGUCAAUUGUUUGAUUUAAUCUUAUCGCCUAAAAUAAUUAAAUAUCUACACUUCAUUCAAUUUUUUAUAGUGUUCCUUUAACAAGAUGAGGUCACUUGAAAUCUUAUUUUUCGCCUCAACUCUUCUAGUUACCACCCGACCUGAAGAAAUCCCCACUGGGGUUGUAGUAACCAACGGUCCCGCUUGUGCCCAGAUCGGUACUUCCAUUCUGAAGAAAAAUGGUACUGCGGUGGAUGCAGCAAUCGCUGUACUUUUCUGCGAGGGUGUUUCAGUACCCGAUUCCAUGGGUCUUGGUGGCGGUUUUCUCAUGAAUAUAUACAUAAAAGAUGGAGGUAAGAGCGACUUUUUGGUUGCUAGAGAAACAGCUCCGGAAAAAGCCAACGAAACGAUGUUUGGGAGUGACGAGGAAUCUGCGAUAAGAGGAGGACUGGCGGUGGCAGUACCAGGAGAGUUGAAGGGAUAUUGGGAAGCUUACAAUAAGUACGGAGGUGGUGUAGCUUGGAAGGAUUUGAUACAACCAACGAUAGAUUUGUGUAAUGAGGGAAUCCCGGUGACGAAAUACGUGGCGGAGGUUAGUGGAGCUAAUAAGGAGCUCAUAAUGAAAGACGACAUCCUUCGGGAGAUUUUCAUCAAUCCAAUAACAAACCAAACGUAUGUCGAAUCCGAAAAAAUCACGCGACCUCGCCUGGCCAAAACCUUGCAACUCAUAGCCGACUACGGUGCCGACGUUCUCUACAACGGCGCUCUAACUUCAGACUUCGUCAAAGACAUCCAGGCUAAAGGUGGCAUAAUCACUGAGCAAGACCUCAACAACUACACCCCUUUGUGGUUAAACCCCAUCCCAUUCCAACUCCCUUACAACCAAACCCUCCACGCAGCUCCCCUCCCAGGCUCCGGGUUAAUCCUCGGCCUCAUCAUGAACAUCCUCAACGACUUCCUCGACCCCUUCGAACCCACCUCAGUCACCAACUGGCAACGUAUCAUCGAGAGCUUCAAAUUCGGCUUCGCCGAACGCACUGAACUCGGAGACCCCGACUUCGUCGACGUCACUGAGAUAGUCAACCAACUAAAAUCAACAAGCUUCGCCCGAGACCUGCGAGCCCUCAUUUUUGACAAUCAAACGUUUGAAGAUCCGGGUUAUUAUGGGGCUAACGUGACGCAGCCUUUGGACCAUGGUACUGCCAAUAUGUGUGUGCUGGCGCCCAACGGAGACGCUGUGUCGGUUACGAGUACCAUCAACUAUAGUUUUGGGGCUGGGUUUGCCUCUGCGAGUACCGGGAUUAUUUUGAAUGACCAGAUGGAUGAUUUUUCAUCGGCGGGGUUUGACAAUGUCUACGGAGUACCGCCGUCUCCGAGCAACUAUAUAGUACCGGGGAAGAGGCCCAUGUCGUCGAUGAAUCCCUCCAUUGUGCUGGAUAAUAGUGGGGAUGUUAGACUGGUGGUUGGUGGAGCUGGAGGGACGAAGAUAAUCACGGGUGUGGCGUUGAUUAUGAUUAAAAAUUUGUGGUUUAAUUAUCCAAUUAAAGAUGCUGUUAAGGAUAAGAGGUUUCACCAUCAGUUGUUACCAAUGCAGCUAAUGGUGGAAGAAGGGUAUUCACAGGAUAUCGUGGACGCUCUUACCAUGAUUGGACAUAAUGUGUCCAUAGUUGAACUGUCUGCGUCUGAACAUUUUAAUGCCAUAACCUCAAUUUCUAGAGAGGGUGGUACUUUGUCUGGUACUUUUGAUCCAAGGAGAGGGGGUGGGGAAGACUACAUCUACAGUACGACUAAUAGUACUUAAAUGGUCACUGGAUUUUAUUUAUGUGUAUGACAUUUUAUCAACAAUGUAAUCAAAAAAUG